AUGGCCCCCAACGUCGGUGCGAGUAACUUUACCGCCGUUCGCGCUCCAGCAGCGCAAGGACUGGAUGUCACUGCGGCCACCAUCACCGUCACCGUUGGCGCGGCAUCCGAGCAACGCACAUUCUACAUCCACUCAGGGCUCGCCUGUAACCACUCUAAGGCCAUCGUCAAACUGUACCACAAGCCAGGAGACGAGGGACGCAUCAUACGCCUUGGGGAAGAUGACCCUGAAGCGUUCGAGAUGUUCGCUCGCUUCCUCUAUUCGGGCAAAGUCCACAGCCGCAUGGAAGGGGACAUCGAUUCAGACCAAGCGGAAGUCUAUGAUAAUGAAUGGCCUCGUCUUACGUUGGGCUGGAGGUUGGGCGAUAGGCUGCAGAGCCCAUCGUUCAAGGACGCAGUGGUGGACGCUGUGUGCGAAAAGAUGCAGAACGACCGGAGAUACCCGGUGUCGCUGUAUCAGGAUAUAUAUCCUCACACUUCAGCUGGAGCACCGCUCAGACGCUUGAUUGUGGAUAUUGCGGUUUGGAAAUGGCAUGCGCACAACUUCAGGGCCACGGAGUUUCAUGGAAGCUGGAAUGACUUUUUCCGCGACCUGGCCGUGCGACAGUUUGAGAUAGGCAAGGAAGGGCGGAAAGAUCCAGCGCCAUUCUCGACUCCAAAUUGCAUCUACCACGAGCAUGGAGAUGACUAUCCGUGUUACAGAACGAUGUUCUAG